AUGCUGCCGCCAAGUGUCAAGCGACCGCAUGCCGAGCUCGCAGAGGCUCCUCUGGAGAGCACAGCUCUGCUACGUGGCGGCUCACUCGAACUCGAGUCAAGCUCCCUCACAGAACUGCCGUCUCUAUUUGUCUCGCAUGCCGCGAAUCAUCGUGUUUGCUACGGCUCGUUGUACGAGGUGGCUGCUGCGUAUUUGGCCGGUGCCAGGAUCCCAGACGACACGUCUAGAAACACACGCGCCGACCCAUUCAUGACUUGCUCGGUCCUGCCCAAAGACAAGCACCAUGUCCUCCGGCUCGGCAAUGGUCCCGAUUUUGCGGUUCUGGACACGCGCACCUCCGCCAAGUUGAAUUCUUUGAACGGCAUGUCUUGUCUUCGUUUCGAGGCUAUAAUCGACUCUAGCACUGUUUCAAAGCGGCACAAAGGCGCAAAGCGGAGAGUCACGUCGUUUAAUCUGUCCAUCAACAUCUCUGGUCCCAAGUCGGCUGCCGACGAGGUUGCUACUCGGCUUGCAAAGGCCUCAGCGUACCUCCAGCACCCGCACACCCUGGAUGCAGAGAGCGAGUACUACAAUCCACAGCUGCUCAGCUUUUCCGAUGAUGCUACAACCAUGAGAGACUUGAUAGGUAUUGGCAAUGACCUCUCCUGGGCAACUAAGCGCAGAAUUUCCGACGAAAUCGGAAUCAUACUAGACUCCCUGACAGAUGUGGCCACCGAGUGCGACCUACAGCCGCCUGAAGGACUGCUUUCGAGUUUGACAAAGCAUCAAGAAGACGGUGUGCGUUUCAUCCUACAGCGCGAGACUGAAGCGUUCAGCCAACAGUUGACAGACAAGAUGUGCCCUGGGACCUCGACAAGCGAGGGGCCUCAGGACAAAUGCUACGGCGGCUUGAUUGCGGAUGUUAUGGGGCUUGGUAAAACUCUCACCAUGCUCGCAGCGAUUCUGCAAUCCCUACCGUCAGCAGACUUGUAUGGGAGCUUUUACGAUGGUUCCGCUGCCGGAGACGGCUGCAAAGUCCGCACCAAGUCGACCUUGGUGGUUGUAUCAUCUGCUCAGCUCCUUGAAAGUUGGCUGUUAGAGAUGCAAACCCACUUGGUCCCAGGGGCCUUGGACGUGGUCACCUUUCACGGACAGCACCGACCCCAAGAUGCAAGCGCUCUCGUCUCAGCCCACCUGAUCUUAACCACUUAUGCAACGCUUGCAGCGGAGCACAACGGGCUUGAUGUUCUCCAUAAAAUGGACUGGUUUCGUAUAGUACUGGACGAAGCCCAUUGGAUUCGAAGCUCGAGCACCAAGCAGUUCCGUGCCGUCUCGAGUCUAACUACAAGUAGGCGAUGGUGCUUGACGGGAACUCCCAUCCAAAACAAGCUAGACGAUCUCACGUCCCUGGCUGAGUUUCUCCGACUACGUCCUUUUCCGACCAGGGCCGCGUUCCAGAAACACAUCCUGGGCCCGCUUUCUCAGGGCGGGCCGGAUUUUGCGAAUCCCCUUCGAACUUACUUGCAGGCAUUUUGUCUAAGAAGGACCGAGAAGCUUCUCGAUGUCCCAAAACCGUCCCAGGAUAUCGUAUUCCUCGAGUUUUUGCCCGAAGAGAAGAACCUUUACGAUCGAAUGCUUGAUCAAACCAGGCGUGAAAUCGAUGACGUGGUCAGCAAGAGCGAUUCCAUCAAAAAGCAUAAUAAGCUUUUCACGGCCAAUCUGAGAAUGCGCAUGCUCUGCAAUCUCGGGACUCUAUCGCCUGCCAAGCCAAGGGCAAGUCGUCUCGGGCAGCGAGAAGACACGGGAUGCGAACGUUGCUCAGCAACCGACGACGACAUUUCAAUGCUGCUGAGCUCAUUCUUGUUUUGUCCAGACUGCGGCCAGCCACUCCAUGUGUCGAGCCCCACGCCCGAUUUUUCCUCUACGAGACGUAGCAGUAUUGACACGGCUCUCGAAGACACAUUUGCAUGCCAGGCGUCGACUCCUGCAUGGAACGAAGACUCCCCCCCGCAGAACCUCUUCUCAACAAAGCUAUCGGCCGUGAUGCAGAACGUGGCAAAAUGUGGACCAGAUGUCAAGCACAUUGUGUUCUCGUAUUGGACAUCUACGCUGGACCCUCUGGCUCAGCUCCUAGACGAGGGAGGGGUCGCCUACGUUCAGAUUGACGGCCGAACGAGUUAUUACGCGAGGUCGAACCACCUCAAGGCGUUUCGAGAAGAGCCUCGGUUGACUGUUCUCCUCAUGUCCAUCGAGACUGGCGCCCUAGGUCUAAACUUGACAGUCGCCAAUCAGGUUCACAUCGUUGAGCCGCAAUGGAAUCCGUCGGUAGAAGAACAGGCUGUUGCUCGAGCCUUGCGCAUGGGCCAGACCAAGGAGGUUACCAUCCUGCGGUACAUAAUGAGGAACACGAUUGAGGAGAACAUUGUCCAGCUGCAAAAGAAGAAGAGAACACUCGCUAGAUUCGCCUUCGAUUCAGGAACCGAGGACGCUUGGGGCAAGAAAAUCGAGGAGCUGAAGUUUGUCCUGGGCGUGGAGUCGGUCUAA